ACAAAAACAAAACAGAAAACAAAAAACAUGCAUAUAUGUAUUUAAUCCUUUCUGCAAUCUUAUAAGGCAGAUAUUAGAUACAUUUUGCAGAUGAGGAAACUGGCUAAAACAUUAAGUAACUUGUUCAGAGGUACUCAGUCAGUAUGAUGUUGGUAUUUGAUCCAAGAUCUGCCUGGUUCCAACAAUAGUUUGCUGUAUCAACCCUGUGAAGUGGUCAUUCACACCUCAAAUUUAUUUAUAUCUCAAUAGAAAAAUGGCAGCUAGCAAUUUGAUCUUAAGCAAAAAGCAAGUCAGACUUGAAUUUAAAGAGAAUUUAUUUUGUGGAAAAAACAAUGAAUUGCAAGAAACAAAAUGUGGUUUCUUACUGAAUCAGAAGGAAGAUGUGGUUGGAGAACUAUAGCAAUUGACCCCAGGCCAAGGGUACUGGUUAAAGUGAGGAAACGUUAAUUCUUACAACAAGAGGAAGAAUCUGCCAAAGGCGAGGGCCAUGGACUUCAUCACCUCCACAGCCAUCCUGCCCCUGCUGUUUGGCUGCCUGGGCGUCUUCGGCCUCUUCCGGCUGCUGCAGUGGGUGCGCGGGAAGGCCUACCUGCGGCAUGCUGUGGUGGUGAUCACAGGCGCCACCUCAGGGCUGGGCAAAGAAUGUGCAAAAGUCUUCUAUGCUGCUGGUGCUAAGCUGGUGCUCUGUGGCCGGAAUGGUGGGGCCCUCGAAGAGCUCAUCAGAGAACUCACCGCUUCUCAUGCCACCAAGGUGCAGACACACAAGCCUUACUUGGUGACCUUCGACCUCACAGACCCUGGGGCCGUAGUUGCAGCAGCAGCUGAGAUCCUGCAGUGCUUUGGCUAUGUGGACAUACUUGUCAACAAUGCUGGGAUCAGCUACCGUGGUACCAUCAUGGACACCACAGUGGAUGUGGACAAGAGGGUCAUGGAGACAAACUACUUUGGCCCAGUUGCUCUAACAAAAGCACUCCUGCCCUCCAUGAUCAAGAGGAGGCAAGGCCACAUUGUCGCCAUCAGCAGCAUCCAGGGCAAGAUCAGCAUUCCUUUUCGAUCAGCAUACGCAGCCUCCAAACAUGCAACCCAGGCUUUCUUUGACUGUCUGCGCGCCGAAAUGGAACAGUAUGAAAUUGAGGUGACCGUCAUCAGCCCCGGCUACAUCCACACCAACCUCUCUGUCAAUGCCAUCACCGCGGAUGGAUCUAGGUAUGGAGUUAUGGACACCACCACAGCCCAGGGCCGAAGCCCCGUGGAGGUGGCCCACGAUGUUCUUGCUGCUGUGGGGAAGAAGAAGAAAGACGUGAUCCUGGCUGACCUACUGCCUUCCUUGGCCAUUUAUCUUCGAACUCUGGCUCCCGGGCUCUUCUUCAGCCUCAUGGCCUCCAGGGCCAGAAAAGAGCGGAAAUUCAAGAACUGCUAGUACUCCGACCAGCCAGAGCCGGGGCAGAGAAGCAGCGCUCUUAGGCUUGGUUCCUCUACAAGGGACAGUUGUAUUUGUUGAGACUUUAAUGGCGAUUUGUCUCACAAAUGGGAAAGAUUGAAGAAACACGUCUCACGCAGAUCUGCUGGCAGAGGAAGAGAACCAAAAACGGCAGCAAGCUUCCUCCCAGGGUGAGGGGAGACACUUCCGGAGUAAACGUGGAGCUGGGGUUUAACCCUAAAACCAAGAAAUAAACAUCUCAAACAGUAAGAGUGGUCGUCUUCAAGGACUAGAACCUUGUGUCCUUUGAAUUCUGGCCCUGCCAGCUCCUAGAAAUUGUUUCAACCUUGGAAUCAGAAGAUGUGAUGUCACCUGACCCAGCUGCUUUUGUAUUUGACUUAAACCUCAUUGUUUGGGCAGAAAGGCCACCUCCAGUACUCAAGGGAGAAAGCUGUAGUUUCAAGAAGUCAGUAGUCACACCCAUUUCCGGGCCCUGUGAUAUCUCAUCCAACAUAAAAAGCGGGCCAGUAUGUAAUGGUUUAUUUGGCAUAUCCCAAGGGAUGGCUUUAGCACCUCAUAAGAAUUCCCGUUUCUCUCUUAACUCUCACUGCAUCCCUGUAGGAUGCCAGGCACCACUCCAAGCAGAAGGUGACGUUAGUAAAGAGAGAGCAGCCAAAAGGGAGAGGAGGAUGCUACAUGGCCCCGUGCAUCCCUCUAGAAGUAAAACCAUCAAAUUGGCCAGCUGGGCAGAUUCUACAGCAGCCCCUGGUCUGGUGGAAGUGAGCCUUGGUUAGCUGUGACGAGUUGGAUCAUAGCCAGAAAGAAUGCCUGUUUCUGCCUUUCUGAUUUAGUAAAAAUACAUGGUUGAGGCUCACUGAGUAGGUCAAGUUCACUUCUAGUGUUUAGGAAGAAACUUUUCCUGUUAUUGAAACUGAAAAUUGAAAUGUAGGUCCACUGCAGACUUCCCCAAAUUGGAUUACAAAUCUCCUAUCAUAUCAUACUGACAUCUUGCACCAUGUCCCAACUCUGGCCUUGUUGAGCCUGUAUUUUAUGACCAUUAUAUAACAUUGGCAGCAACAUGGUUUUUUUUUGUUUUGUUUUGAGACGGAGUCUCCCUCAGUCGCCCAGGCUGGAGUGUAGUGGCGCAGUCUUGGCUCACUGCAACCUCCGCUUCCCGGGUUCAAGCAAUUCUCCUGCCUCAGCCUCCCAAGUAGCUGGGACUACAGGCACAUGCCACCACACCCAGCUAAUUUUUGUAUUUUUAGUAGAGGCGGGGUUUCACCACAUUGGCCAGGCUGGUCUCGAUCUCUUGACCUCAUGAUCUGCCUGCCUCGGCCUCCCAAAGCGCUGGGAUGACAGGCGUGAGCCACCGCGCCUGGCCUGAGCUUGUAUUUUAAACAGCUGCCCUAGACAGAUGAUAAAAAUGGCCACAGCCAGCCUUUGGUUAGGGUGUCAGAGGGUUUCAGGUUUCCUGGGAGGAGGAGGACAAAUGGGUGAUUAGAUCUGGUGACUUGUCCCAGCUCCUAACGCUUCCUGGACGUUCCAGGAGCCUCUGGGUAAAAUGUGGACACAGACAUGAUGGGUCUUUCUUCAUUUUCCAGGUAAAUUGUCAACCUCCCUCCUGACAUGGAAGAGAAGGGUCUCCUUAGUGUUCACACUGGAGACAGUAGACUCAGGCAAGAGCUGGAAUUGAGACAGCAGCGGCACCUGUCUAAAACUCAGCCCGAGUCUAAGGUUGAAUGAAAGUGCCGAGCACACAGCAGGUUUCCAGGAAAUGGCAGCAAUGAAGGGCGCUGUCCCUCUAGAUGGAAACGAGAGGACGUUUCUCCUUGGACGCUGUUGGCUGCCACGCUCAGAGGCACCUGGUGUCCAGGUGCUGUCCUUUCCUCUCCAUUAUAUAACAUGGUCAGCAACUGGAGGUUGAUGUGAUAGGUUGCCCUCAAAGGAAUGCAAGUUUAGCAACCAUGUACUCCAUCAUCAGAAGACAGGAACGUCACAUAUGUUGUUGAGGUUGUUGGUUUUGGGGCCAUUGUGACCUGACUCACAGCUGGGGUGCAUGGAGCUUGGGCUGGCAUUAAAUAUUUCUUAACCUACAUACCACCUAUUAGUUGUAAGUGGUUGGAUUGCAGCCAGAACGAACACCUGCUUUCAUGUUGUUUCUUUUUUUUUUUUUUUGAGAUGGCCUCGGCCUCCCAAAGUGUUGGGAUUAUAGGCCUGAGCCACCGUGCCUGGCCUCUUUUUCUUUUUUCUUUUUUUUGAGACAGAGUCUCGCUCUGUUGCCCAGGCUGGAGUGCAGUGGCAUGAUCUCUGCUCACUGCAAGCUCCACCUCCCGGGUUCACACCAUUCUCCCGCCUCAGCCUCCUGAGUAGCUGGGACUACAGGCGCCUGCCACCAUGCCCGGCUAAUUUUUUUGUAUUUUUAGUAGAGACAGGGUCUCACCAUAUUAGCCAGGAUGGUCUCGAUCUCCUGACCUCGUGAUCCACCCGCCUCGGCCUCCCAAAGUGCUGGGAUUACAGGCGUGAGCCACCGUGCCCGGCCUCUUUUCUGAAAUGGAAUUUCGCUCUUGUCGCCCAGGCUGAAGUACAAUGGCAUGAUCUCAGCUCACUGCAACCACCACCUCCUGUGACUCACCUUCAAGUGAUUCUCCUGCCUCAGCCUCCUGAGUAGCUGGGAUUAUAGGUGUGCGCCCCCAUGCCCAGCUACCACCUUUCUAAUUUAUUAAAAAUACAUGGUUGAGGCUUACUGAGUAGGUCCAGUUCAUUUCUAAAGUUUAUUUCCUCCCAAUUAAAGUGGUUAGCAACUGGAGAUUGACGUGCUAGACCAGCCAGAUCUCAAUAUUAUUGUUUACUUAUCCAGCAUUCUAAAAACCUCAAAUCACUUUCUAAAACUUAACUUUAUAAACUUUAUAUUUUGCCAUAUAAACUAUAACACAAACUGAAGAAUUGUUAAAAUCUAUCUAAAUAAAGCUGUUUGCCAAA